AUGAAGGAGGCUGUCGUUUUGGUCGUACUGGUCGUUGCCAGCGCGCAGCCGUCGGUUCUACACGUAAGCGAGGUUCCGGCGAAGCUCUCGAAUGGAAGCGACGACGCAAACUACCGUCUACCAGACGGCUUCAUUUUCGGUGCAGGCUCUUUGAGCUACCAAGUGGAGGGAGCGUGGGACGAAGACGCUUUCUUGGAGACAUGGGUUAUAAAGCUCAACUCAUAUGAAGAAUACUUUACAAAUGUGACAUUUCGACAUUUCAUGAAUCAGGUGAAGUGGUGGACUACACUUAACGAACCCCACAUAUUCGCUACGCUGGUGUAUGGCUACGGCAUCUUCGCUCCAGGCAAAAGGAGCCCAGGCCGCGACGAGUAUCUGACAGUGCACCACAUGAUUCUGGCUCACGCCAGGGCCUAUCGUCUCUACCACAAGCAGUUUGCAGAGCAAGGAGGCCGCGUCGGUAUUUCGCUGGAGAGCUACUUCGCGCGGCCCAAGACGAGUCGGUACGAGGACAUCCAGGCGGCCGAGCGGCGCAACACGUUCGAGCUGGGCUGGGUGGCGGACCCCCUGCUGCGCGGCGACUACCCUCCCCUCAUGCGCCGCACCGUGGACGCCAAGUGCGCCGAGGAAGGCCUCCAGGAGUCCAGGCUGCCCAGCUUCACGCAGGCCGAGAAGACGCUCAUCAACGGAACCCUGGACUUCCUCGGACUGAACGCGUACUUCGGCCUGGAUGCCACGGACGGCACCCCAGUGUCUGCUGGAAAUCCAUCGUACGACCGUGAUUCGGGCGUUCUGGCGCUCCACCCCGACGACCCACCGACAGGCGAGCGGCCAGCGUGCACUUAUUCGCACGCCACGCCUUGGAGCAUCCGUGAGAGUCUCCUAUGGCUGAGGGACCGUUACGGCGACAUCAGCAUCAUGGUCACCGAAAACGGGAUCGGAUCUUACACCGAGGACGGCCUCGACGACCACCACCGUCAAGUUUACUUGAGUGGUUAUCUCAGACAGAUGCUGCGGGCCAUCCAUGAAGACAAAUGCAAUGUGAUUGGUUACAUUGCGUGGAGCCUGCUCGACUCCUUUGAAUGGGAAUCAUACGAGUACAGGUUCGGCCUCGUGCAUGUGGACCACGAUUCCCCUAACAAGACUCGCACCCUGAAAACGUCUGCUCAACUCGUCCAGAAGAUCAUGACCGAGCGCUUCGUGCCCGAAGUACUUUCAUCCGGAGCUGGCGACCGCGUUGCCUCCUCCGCAAUCGUGUCUGUCUUCCUUGCAGUGUUGAUCAAAUUGUACCAAAUGUUAUCCAAACUGUCGAUGUCUGAAGAAAAUAUUGAGAAGGCCUUUAAGCCAAGAAUGGUGAUGAUUGGAUAUCUCCUUAGCCAUUUAAUGGAGGAGAAAUCAAAUUUCCUCGAAUCUGAGCUAAACCCCACAGAUUGUAUAUACAGGCAGCAUUAUGGUGCUGUUUCCUUCGAUUUUAAUGUGGAUUGUUACACUGGUUCAGCACAUCCUAUGCAGAAAUCUGAACACCUUUGCCUACAAUCCACCUGGAGCCAACAUGCAUGUACACUCCAACCUGGAGCAUACCUGGCAUGCACCUUCCAGGUUGGAGUGUACUUGGCUGGCAUGCACCUCCAGGUUGGCGUGUACUUGGCAACAUCAGGAGACUCAAGACCGCUCUUCUUCAUCCUGGACCCUCCUCAUUUGCUUAAAACUCUUAGAAAUGCACUUGCUAAUUCAUUCUCACAUAAGAAGUCUCGUAAGUUAUGGAAGAACCACCAGUAUAUGUCCUGGAAGGUGAUUGAAGCACUGUAUGAAGCUACUAAGAGUCAAAAGUUUCGAUCUCAUAAACUGACAAAGGCACAUACAUUCAGUAAUUCAGUUGCAAGGUGCAUUGAAGAUAUGGCCCAUCAUGAAGCAUUCAAGUUACUGGACACCUCAGAGCUGGUUAAAUUCAUCAGACUUUCGAACAGAUUCUUUGACUGUGUGAAUGGGAAGGAUGAUGGUGCGGAGAAGAAAAAUCCAGACAAGACAGCUUUCACAGACCCAAAUGAUGCAAGAUUAGACUUUUUGGAGAAUGAAUAUUUGGGUUAUUUUGAGGAGUGGAAGCUUGACGUACUAAAUAGGCCUGGCAUUUACACUGAUGCAGAAAGAAGCCGUAUGAUAGUGAGUCACCAAGCUUUGGGUGCACUUGAAAUUACUGUGAAAGGUAUUGCAGGGGCCAUUCGUUACAUGCUGACUGUAGCUAAGGCUCCCUCUGUCAGUGCUCGUGUGUUCAACCAGGAUCCCUGGGAACAAUAUUUUAGUAUGAUCCGGCGGAAGCAAGGUGACAACAGAAAUCCUCUACUGGGUGAUUUUCUUCACACUAGGCUAAAUAUUCAUGCACAAGGCCAUGUUUCCUUACCAUCUAAAAAAAGGAAAUACUGA